AAAGCAACUUUAAAGUGUGAAAGAUUCAAAUAUUCUUUGUAAAUUUUCGAUUGAAAAUUGUGUUAUGUAACCCUUAAAUCUUUAAAAAUGAUCUGACUUCUGAAGAACACUUAAAAAAUAAUUUAAAAUUGUUCUUCCUAUUGAAUAAUUUAGUGAUUAAAAUCAAUUAAAAAUCAAUUUACGCAUAGGAAUUAUAGUGUGAUUAUCAUAAAGUUUAAUCCGCUUUUGAUAUUAAACGGCUUGUGCAUUGAUAACUCUUAGAAUUAGAAAAAUAUAUAUAUAAAAAAAACACCAGAAAAAAAGAAAAGAAUUUAAAAAUAUUAGUCGCAAUUUGUGAUCAAAUAAAAUUUUCCACUUGCCAAUAUGGAUGCUGGAAAUGAAAAUGGUGGACCGGACUUGCGCUUUGAAUUCAUGGGAUCUUAUGUUCAGAAAACGUUAAAAUUGAAACCAGAAAAAUGGCUUCGUGUUGUGACGGUGGAAGAGCACAAAGCUAUUAUAAAGGAGUUUCUAGACAAACCAACUCCUGUCCACUUAGUUAUUCUCCUCACACCAUCUGCACAAUUAAUUCCCUGCACAACAUUUCCCUUGACGCAGCUCAAAACAAAAGGGGUGUACUUCAUCAAGAAGUAUCCGCAGGAAGUACCUCGGGAGAAUUGUCAGGAUAUGUUGAUUGUUGGGGAUUUGGCAACAAGAACUAUUGAUCAACUAUCAACUCUGGUUGAUGAAAUAUUUGUUCCUUUGUUGAGUAAUCCUCAAAAUCACAAAGGAUGGCCUGAAAUGGUGGCACAGGAUGUACAGAAACAUGUUCAUAGUCUCAAGAGUACAGUUUACCAAGUUAAGGGUCAAGUGAGUGGUCAAACGGUGCUUCCAAUGCCUGUAGGUGUUGAGAAAGUAAUAAAGGCCGCCCAAGAUAUCAAUGUUGAUAAGGAAUGCGCCGUUGAUCUCUAUCUCAAGAGUGCAAUUGAAGGGGUUGUCAUAAAAUGGGCCACACAGAUUAAUGAUGUCAUGAUUGAAAAUCCAAAUAAUGCUUUCAAUGGAGGUGCCAAUCCAUCUCCAAAUGUUGAACUGAAUUUCUGGAAUAGUCGCUUGAAAAAUCUGAAUUACAUUUAUGAUCAACUCAAGAAUGAGAGGGUGAGGUGUAUGGCAUUGAUUCUUGAACAUACCGACAGUGCAUAUUUUCCAUGCUUCAAGAAUCUCUUCAAAAAUGUCGUAACAGCUCUUGCUGAAUCUAAGGAUAUUACAUUGUAUAUUAAUCCCCUGCAGAAGCACUUUACGGCAAUAGAGGAAACAGAUUUUUCUGAAUCGAAGAUUUUAAUAAAGCCAAUGAUGCAUGUUGUAUGCCUUUUGUGGGCUAAUUCACGUUACUAUUGCCAUUCAUCGAAGUUAAUAGUGUUGCUGAAGCAAAUUUGCAAUAUGCUUAUUCAUCAAGCUAAACGAUAUCUCGAUCCAUCCAGUAUUUUUCACACGGAUAUUGAUGAAGCAAUGCAAAGGAUUUCAUUUUCAAUACAAUUGCUCAAGCAUUUUCGUCAGAUUUUUGAUGAGUGCAAAGAAAAUCUUGCUUCUUACUUUACGGAUCGUCCACCCAUUCACUGGACUUUUCAUCCCAAUGCUGUAUUUGAACGUUUCAAUGCUUUUCUCGAUCGACUUAAUACGAUCCAGUGGUUCUUCUACACAGUUAUUGAAUUUUUGAAGCUCGAAAAGGUGGAAAUUGGUGGACUUAAAGGACGAAAUUUGAGUGCAAGAAUCACUGCUGUAUCAGUUGAAUUUAACCAUUGCUUCUCACAAUUUUCAGCUAAAACUUACGAUGUACUGGAUCCAGAUGAUCCAUCGUUUAAAGAGGACUUUGUCAAGUUUCAAGAGAGAAUCCUUGAACUUGAUCUCAAACUAGCUGCAAUUCUGUGUCAAGCAUUCGACGACUGUCAUAAUUUGGAGAGCGUUUUCAAGCUAAUUAACAUAGUUGGAAGUGUGUUGGAUAGACCGAAGAUUAAGGAGGAGUUUACGAAUAAGUACUCGGAAAUACUAAAGAUGCUGGACGAAGAAAUUGGCAUGUGCGAAGAUAUCUAUUUAAUGCAAAUGAAUUACUUGGAGAGGGAAGGUCACCUGUUUAUUGACCAAAGUUGCCCACCGGUGACCGGGUGUUUGCGCUGGAUUAUGCAAUUGUCUGGCCGUCUAACGCCGCCAGUUAAGAGCUUUCAGACUCUCCAACACCCCGUUACUAAGACACCUGAAGCACUUGAACUUGUUAGGCGAUAUGAGAGGUUGAUGGAGCUUCUAGCGCUAUUUGAGGACAAAGUUUUCAAUGAAUGGCGAGAGAAGGUGCCAGAGAAGAUUGAAUUAAAUCUCCAGAAAUCACUAAUGACGAGAGAUUCAAGCACAAAAUUGCUCUCAUUGAACUUUAGCCCACAACUUUUUGCAAUACUGAAGGAGGUGCAUUAUCUCAAGUUGAUGGGAAAAGAGGGCAUUCCCGAGAUUGGCAUACAAUUUUCCGAAAAGAGUGAAACUUAUAGAAGCUACACACUUUCCUUAGAAAGAACUAUCGAUUGGUACAAUGAGAUUCUUGAAAAUUCAACAAAAGUUGAACUGGAAUUGAUUGAAGAGGAAAUUCAGACAAUUGAUACUCUACUCGAGGUUGGAAUCUCGGAGUUGACUUGGAAUUCAGAAAACAUAAUGGAUUACUUGACAAAACUUCGGACACCUGUGGAAUGCCUUCAGCAGCGUAUGCAAAAUAUUCAGAAGAAUUUAGCAGAAAUGCGUGGUAUACUCGGAGCAUGGUCAAGACUUCCGCUUUUUGAGCGGAAAGAUGGAAAGAAGGACACUGUGCUUUGCUUGGAUGAGCGAAAUGAUAGAAUUGCAAAGAGAUACAGUGACAUCGAAGCAGCGUCAACAAAAAUUAAAGAACUGCUUGCGGAAAAUGUUGAACUGUUUGGUAUGCAAGAGAAGCAAAGUACGCCAAUAUGGCAAGAUUACGUAGCAUUCAUUGAUAGUAUCGUUUAUGAGAAUCUCUUGCUGGCCGUUGGAGUUAGCAUGAGUUAUUUGUCUGAUCACAUGGAUCCUGCAAAUAAUUUUGCCCCACUAUUUGAAUCACGUUUAGAACUCCUUGAUCCUGAUUUGAUAUUUGUGCCAUCCUUGGAUCCAAAUGAUCCCAAUGGCUUCAAUCAUUUGUUGGCUGGUUUGAUAGCUGACAUUGUGAAGAUGUCCUCAUUGAUGUCUAGAAUUAAGCCAGACAGCACAGAUUCUUACGAGAGAAUAAUCACUGAACAUCCGGAUAUUAUUGAAAUGAAAGAAGAAAUUUUGGAUGGUGUUGAGAAGGUAGUGCAAGAAGCAGCAGAAUUUUGUCGUGGAUUUGAGAGAUAUUCCUAUCUUUGGUUGGAUGAUAGAGUUCAGUGUAUGGAGUUAUUUUUGGAAUAUGGAAGGAUUUUGGAUAUUGAUGAGAUUGAAUUGAUUGUGAUGAAAGAUCCAACUGCUCCUCAACCAUCUCAGCCCACUAUUGAGGCUUUUCGCGAGCAGAUUGAUAAUUAUGAAUCUCUCUCGCAGGAAAUUGAGGAUAUUGAACCUUUUCAGGUGUUUAACUCUUGGUUCCAAGUAGAUGUUCGUCCUUUCAGGCAAGCUCUAAUUAAUACUGUCCGGAAAUGGGGAAAUAUGUUCAAAGAGCAUUUGGUUAAUCGGGUUACAACCAAUUUGACGGAUUUGGGUAACUUUAUCCGAAAGGCUGACGAAGGAUUGUUGCAACCAGUCAAGGAAGGAGAUUACGAAGGACUAGUCAAUAUUAUGGCAUAUUUGUUGCAUGUUAAAGAGAGAGGAGCAACGACUGAUGAAAUGUUUGAACCAAUGCAAGAAACCAUUGAAUUACUAAAGUACUACGAUAUGGACAUUCCGGAAGAAGUCAAUGUCCUUCUUCAGGAAUUGCCUGAACAGUGGGCAAAUACGAAGAAAAUCGCAAUUACGGUUAAACAGCAAGUCGCGCCUCUUCAGGCAGCAGAAGUUGUUGGGAUUCGCAAUAGAAUUCAGAACUUUGAUCAGCAUGUCACGUUCUUUAGGGAUGUUUUCCGGAAUUAUGAAUUCUUCCGAUAUGAAUGCGAAGAGCCUUAUAGGUUGGCUGAUCGAAUUAACGGGGAUAUCCUUCGUCUUGAGAAUGAGAUGAAAGAUAUCCAAGGUUCCGGGAGUCUAUUUGAAGUCAAUGUUCCUGAAUUUAAACCUCUGCGACAAUGUAGAAGAGAGUUACGAAUGUUAAAGCAACUCUGGGAUUACGUGUUUAUUGUACGAACGAGCAUCGAAGAUUGGAAGACGACUCCAUGGAGGAAAGUAGAUGUUGAAAAUAUGGAUAUUGAAUGCAAGAAAUUUGCCAAAGAUAUCCGUCUACUGGACAAGGAAAUGCGUUCCUGGGAUACUUAUGUGACUCUCGAGGCUACAGUGAAGAAUAUGCUGACGUCACUCAGGGCAGUUGGUGAACUGCAAAAUCCAGCAAUUCGGGAACGUCACUGGAAUCAACUGAUGGCAUCAACAAAGCAUUUGGCGAGUCUUCCCAAAGAAAUUACCGUUCAAUUUAUUAUGGAUCAUGAUACAACACUGUCGGAUUUGUUGGCUUUGAAUCUGCAUCAAUGUGAAGAUGAAGUCAAGACAAUUGUUGAUAAGGCUGUGAAAGAGAUGUCUAUGGAGAAAAUCCUUAGAGAUCUCAAUACAACAUGGUCUGCUAUGGAGUUUGAUCAUGAAACUCAUGGAAGAACUGGAUGUAAUCUCUUGAAAGCUUCUGAGGAGUUGAUUGAGACUCUGGAAGACAAUCAAGUUGUUCUGCAGAAUCUCAUUACUUCUAAGUUUAUAGCUCAUUUCCUGGAGGAAGUGUCUGCAUGGCAGAAGAAAUUAAUGAUUGCCGAUCAAGUGAUUACGGUGUGGUUUGAAGUUCAGCGUACAUGGACACAUUUGGAGAGUAUCUUCAUGAGUUCUGAGGACAUAAGAAAGCAAUUGCCUGUGGAUUCUGAUCGUUUUGAUCGAAUUGAUGCAGAAUUUAAGAUUCUGAUGAAAGAAAUGUCAGUGACAUCCAAUGUGAUUGCUUCGACAAAUCGAGAUGGGCUUUGUCAGAGAUUGGAAGCCCUACAGCAAGAACUUACGCUCUGUGAGAAGGCUCUAGCUGAAUAUCUUGAAACUAAGCGACUUGCCUUUCCAAGAUUCUACUUUGUCUCCUCAGCAGAUCUCCUGGAUAUUCUCAGUAAUGGAACUGAGCCGGAUUUGGUGGUGAAACAUCUUACCAAGUUAUUUGAUUCAAUUGCCAAGUUGAAUUUUAUCAAUGAUCCCAAUGGAGGAUCAUAUAGAAUUGCCCUUGGAAUGGUGGCCAAAGACAGUGAGUAUGUUGAGUUCAAUGAUCAAGCUGAUUGUUCAGGAGCUGUGGAAGUUUGGCUCAAUCGUAUUCAGGAUUGCAUGAGAAAAUCCCUUUGCCACUACAUUGCUGAAGCUGUUGUGGCUUAUGAGGAGAAACAGAGGGAACACUGGCUCUUUGAUUACCCGGCUCAAGUGUCACUCUGUGGAACUCAGAUCUGGUGGACCACUGAAGUCAAUAUUGCCUUUAGUCGUUUAGAAGAAGGAUACGAUAAUGCAAUUAAGGAUUAUCACAAGAAACAAGUGUCUCAAUUGAGUGUAUUGAUUUCUUUGUUGCUUGGAGAACUCAGCAAAGGAGAUAGGCAGAAAAUUAUGACGAUUUGCACAAUUGAUGUCCAUUCCCGGGAUGUGGUUAGCAAAUUGAUUCAGUCAAAAGUUGAGAGUGCUUCUGCUUUUCAAUGGCAAUCACAGCUGAGACACAGAUGGGAUGACAAAGAAUACGACUGUUUUGCCAAUAUUUGCGAUGCACAAUUCCGAUAUAGUCAUGAAUAUCUCGGCAAUACUCCUCGCUUGGUCAUAACACCCCUAACAGAUCGCUGCUACAUCACUCUGACGCAAUCUCUGCAUCUUGUAAUGGGUGGAGGACCUGCUGGACCAGCAGGAACGGGCAAAACAGAAACUACAAAAGAUUUAGGAAGAGCCCUGGGAAUAAUGGUGUACGUGUUCAAUUGCUCUGAACAGAUGGAUUACAAAUCUUGUGGAAAUAUCUACAAGGGACUAGCUCAAACAGGUGCUUGGGGAUGUUUUGAUGAAUUCAAUCGUAUAUCAGUGGAAGUGUUAUCAGUGGUAGCUGUACAAGUGAAAUCCGUUCAGGAUGCCAUUCGGGAUAAAAAGUCCCUGUUCAACUUUAUGGGAGAAAUGAUUGCAUGUGUACCUACUGUUGGGAUAUUUAUCACCAUGAAUCCUGGCUACGCAGGACGAACUGAACUUCCUGAGAAUCUUAAGGCCCUCUUCAGACCUUGUGCUAUGGUUGUUCCAGAUUUUGAAUUAAUUUGCGAAAUUAUGCUGGUAGCUGAGGGUUUCCAGGAAGCCAGAGUCUUGGCCAGAAAAUUCAUAACCCUAUAUACACUUUGCAAAGAAUUACUAUCAAAACAGGACCACUAUGACUGGGGAUUACGUGCUAUAAAAUCUGUGCUUGUCGUUGCAGGAUCACUGAAGAGAGGUGAUCCUGGAAGACCUGAAGAGGAGGUCUUAAUGAGAGCUCUCAGAGAUUUCAAUAUUCCCAAAGUCGUAACGGAUGACAUGCCUGUAUUUAUGGGCUUAAUUGGUGAUCUGUUUCCUGCACUUGAUGUGCCCAGGAAAAGGGAUCAGGAUUUUGAAAAGACUGUUAAACAAGCAGCUCUGGAUCUAUCACUACAGCCUGAAGAUAAUUUUAUUUUGAAAGUUGUGCAACUUGAGGAGUUGCUAGAAGUUAGGCAUUCAGUAUUUAUUGUAGGAAAUGCUGGCACGGGAAAGACUCAAGUAUGGAAGACAUUAUUUAGAACUUAUCAGAAUGUUAAGAGGAAACCCCUAUUCAAUGAUCUCAAUCCCAAAGCUGUCACCAAUGAUGAAUUAUUUGGGAUAAUCAAUCCUGCAACAAGAGAGUGGAAGGAUGGACUGUUUUCUGUGAUUAUGAGGGAACAGGCCAAUUUGAGUGGAGAAAAUCCUAAAUGGAUAAUUUUAGAUGGUGAUAUUGAUCCAAUGUGGAUUGAAAGUUUGAAUACUGUGAUGGAUGACAACAAGGUUCUAACUCUGGCUUCUAAUGAAAGAAUUGCUCUGACACCCACAAUGCGUCUUCUGUUUGAGAUUUCAAAUCUCAGAACAGCAACACCAGCUACAGUUUCUCGAGCGGGGAUUCUGUAUAUUAAUCCUCAAGAUCUUGGGUGGAAUCCUUACGUGACUAGUUGGAUAGAGACUCGCAAGGUUCCGGCUGAAAAGUCUAAUCUUGUGAUCUUGUUUGACAAGUACAUACCACCCUGUUUGGAUAAUAUCCGGUCUCGAUUCAAAAAGAUCACUCCAAUUGCUGAGAUGGCUCAUGUUCAGAUGCUUUGUCAUCUUCUGGAUUGUCUUUUAACACCAGCUAAUACUCCGGCAGAUUGUCCUAAAGAAUGGCAUGAUCUCUACUUUGUUUUUGCAUGUGUUUGGGCCUUUGGAUCUUCAAUGUUUCAGGAUCAAGCCAUUGACUAUCGCAUUGAAUUCAGCAAAUGGUGGGUUAAUGAAUUCAAAUCCGUCAAAUUUCCACAAGGAGGAACAGUCUUUGAUUACUACAUCGAUACGGAAACUAAGCAAUUUACGCUGUGGACUGAAAAAGUGCCCAAGUUUGAGUUGGAUCCUGAUCUUCCUCUUCAAGCUGUUCUUGUUCAUACAGCAGAAUCUAUAAGGAUUAGAUUCUUCUUGGAUCUGUUGAUGAACAAGAAACACCCUGUCAUGUUAGUAGGAGCUGCAGGAUGUGGAAAAACUGUACUGGUUAAUGAAAAGCUGUCUACUUUAUCUGAGAACUAUGCUGUAACGAAUGUCCCAUUUAAUUUCUACACAAGCUCAGAGAUGCUACAGAAGAUCCUAGAGAAGCCUCUUGAGAAGAAGGCAGGCAGAAAUUAUGGACCUCCUGGCAAUAAAACCCUGAUUUACUUUGUGGAUGAUAUGAAUAUGCCAGAAGUGGACUGCUACGGAACUGUUCAGCCUCAUACUUUGAUAAGGCAACAUCUGGAUUAUGGUCAUUGGUAUGAUCGGAGUAAGUUAACUAUUAAGGAUAUCCACAAUUGUCAAUAUGUUUCUUGUAUGAAUCCCACCUCUGGAAGUUUUACUAUCAAUCCAAGACUUCAGAGACAUUUUUGCGUCUUUGCCGUAAGUUUUCCCAGCAAUGAUUCAUUGACAACCAUCUACUUGUCGAUUCUCAAUCAACAUUUUGCAAAUGCCGAGCAAAAAUUCAACAUUUGCGUGACGAAAAUUGCUCCAAACAUUGUGUCAGCUUCCCUGGCUCUCCAUGCGAAGGUCUCCCAGGUGUUUUUACCCACGGCCAUCAAGUUUCACUAUAUCUUCAAUCUCAGGGACCUCAGUAAUAUGUUCCAGGGACUGUUAUUCAGCACAAAUGACUGUCUGGGUAGUGCUACGGAUAUGAUAAGGCUUUGGCUCCAUGAAACCCAUCGGGUUUAUGGAGAUAAAUUGACUGAUGAUAAAGAUAUCGAUAGCUUCACAAAGAUGCAGACGGAUAUUGUAAAGAAGUCCUUUGAGGAAUUGGAUGAGAGUAUUGUAUUUGACAAACCUAAUAUCUUUUGCCAUUUUGCGGGUGGUAUUGGUGAACCGAAAUACAUGCAAAUCCCAGAUUGGGGAUAUCUGACUAAGCUCCUUCAGGAGGCUAUGGUAUCCUACAAUGAUCUUGUAGCUGCGAUGAAUUUAGUCCUUUUCGAGGAUGCUAUGAUGCACGUGUGCAGGAUUAAUAGAAUCCUAGAGUCGCCAAGGGGAAGUGCUUUGCUUGUCGGGGUCGGAGGCAGUGGAAAGCAAUCUCUGUCUCGUUUAGCUGCUUUCAUAUCCAGUUUGGAAGUUGCUCAGAUUCAACUGAAGAAGGGCUAUGGGGUACUUGAUCUGAAAAACGAACUCUCAGGACUCUAUCUGAAAUCUGGGAUGAAAAAUGUGGGAAUUAUGUUCCUUAUGACAGAUGCACAAGUGCCCAAUGAACAAUUCUUGGUUCUUAUAAAUGAUAUGCUAGCUUCUGGAGAGAUACCUGAUCUGUUUCCUGAUGACGAAGUUGAGAACAUCAUUGCAGGAGUUCGAAAUGAGGUGAAAGGAGCUGGAAUAGUGGAUUCUCGUGAGAAUUGCUGGAAAUUCUUCAUAGAUCGUGUGAGGAGACAACUUAAAGUUGUUCUAUGCUUCUCACCCGUGGGUUCUACCCUCAGAGUACGUUCUCGAAAAUUUCCCUCAUUCAUCAAUUGUACCUCAAUAAAUUGGUUCCAUGAGUGGCCUCAGGAAGCUCUUGUGUCCGUUUCAAUGAGAUUCCUACAAGAAUUAAGUGUCCUUCCGGAGACUUUCAUGGACUCUGUGGCUAGAUUUAUGUCCUAUGUUCAUACUUCUGUAAACACUACAUCUAGAAUCUAUCUUCAGAAUGAAAGAAGGUACAAUUAUACCACUCCAAAGUCCUACCUUGAACAAAUUAGCCUGUACUCGAAGCUUCUGAAGCAGAAACAUGCAGAGUUGCAGAGUAAAAUUGAGAGAUUAGAAAAUGGUUUAGAGAAACUGAGGACUACUGCAGCUCAAGUGGCUGAUUUGAAGCUCAAACUGGCUGUCCAGGAAGUUGAAUUAAAAGAAAAGAAUGAAGCUGCUGAUGCUCUUAUUGAAAUAGUUGGUGUGGAAACUGAAAAAGUUCAGAUUGAGAAACAAAUAGCUGAUGAGGAAGAGAUGAAAGUGGCCAUAAUUGCUGAAGAAGUGACAAAGAAGCAAAAGGAUUGUGAGGAAGAUUUACUAAAAGCAGAACCGGCUUUGAUAGCAGCUCAAGAAGCUCUCAAUACGCUCAAUAAAGCCAAUCUUACUGAAUUGAAAUCCUUCGGUUCACCACCAGGAGCUGUGACAAAUGUAACAGCUGCUGUAAUGGUUCUCCUGGCGCCCAAUGGUAAGAUUCCCAAGGAUCGCAGCUGGAAAGCAGCCAAAUUGGUGAUGGCAAAAGUUGAUGCAUUCCUGGAUGCUCUAAUUCACUAUGAUAAGGAAAAUAUCCAUCCAGAGAUUAUCAAGUCGAUCCAGCCUUAUCUUAAAGAUGCAGAAUUCGAACCAGAAUUUGUCAGGUCCAAGUCUGCAGCUGCAGCUGGACUCUGUGCUUGGGUUAUCAACAUUAUUAAAUUCUAUGAAGUUUACUGCGAUGUGGAGCCAAAGAGGAAAGCAUUGGCCCAGGCUAAUGCUGAAUUGGCUGCUGCCCAGGAGAAAUUGGCAAUAAUUAAGAAGAAAGUAGCUUCCUUGGAGGAGCAACUGGCCAAGUUGACAGCGGACUUUGAGCAAGCGACUGCUGAAAAAUUGAGAUGUCAGCAGGAAGCUGAUGCUACUCAAGCUACUAUCCAGCUAGCAAAUCGCCUUGUAGGUGGUCUGGCCAGUGAAAAUGUCCGCUGGGCAGAAGCUGUAGCUGAAUUUAUGGCUCAAGGAACUACACUCCCAGGCGAUACUCUCCUUAUAACAGCCUUCAUCUCCUACGUGGGAUGCUUCACUAAACAAUUUCGUUUGGAUUUGAUGAACAAAAUGUGGCUACCCUAUCUGAGAGCUUUGGAACCUCCUAUUCCUAUCACAGAGGGACUCGAUUCUCUUACUCUUCUUACUGAUGAUACCACCGUGGCUAUUUGGCACAAUGAAGGACUUCCCAGUGAUCGUAUGUCCAUUGAAAAUGCCACAAUUCUCUCAAAUUCAGAUCGCUGGCCAUUAAUGAUCGAUCCGCAACUCCAGGGAGUGAAGUGGAUCAAACAAAAAUAUGGAGAAGCUCUCAAAGUUAUUCGCAUUGGCCAGAAGGGAUACUUAGACAUUAUUGAAAGGGCUUUAGCUAAAGGACAUACUGUUCUCAUUGAAAACAUUGGAGAGUUUCUAGAUCCUGUGCUAGAUCCAUUGCUGGGCAGAAAUCUUAUCAAGAAAGGCCAAGCGAUUAAGAUUGGUGACAAAGAAGUGGAGUAUAAUUCAAACUUCCGGUUGAUAUUGCAUACUAAAUUGGCAAAUCCACACUAUAAGCCAGAAAUGCAAGCUCAAACCACGCUGAUUAAUUUCACAGUGACCAGGGAUGGUCUUGAGGAUCAGCUUUUGGCGGAAGUGGUGAAGGCUGAACGUCCGGAUUUGGAGGAAUUGAAGGCAGAGUUGACAAAGCAACAGAAUGACUUUAAAAUUAUGCUGAAGAGUUUGGAAGAUGAUCUUCUCUCGAGGUUGUCCUCAGCUGGAGGGAAUUUGCUAGGAGAUACAGCUCUUGUUGAGAAUCUAGAGACCACCAAGAGGACAGCAGCUGAGAUUGAGAGGAAGGUAUCAGAGGCUAAGAUAACUUCACAAGAAAUUGACAAUGCCAGAGAACACUAUCGUCCUGCAGCUGCUAGAGCCAGUUUACUGUAUUUCAUCCUCAAUGAUCUCAACACAAUUAAUCCCAUCUACCAGUUCUCCCUAAAAGCCUUCAGUGUGGUCUUCCAGAAAGCCAUUUCCAGGGCAGAUCCAUCCGAUGAAGUGAGUGCUAGGGUCAAAAAUCUGAUUGAUUGUAUCUCGUAUUCGGUCUUCCAGUACACAAGUCGUGGACUUUUUGAAUGUGAUAAGUUAAUUUUUGCCUCUCAAAUGGCCUUCCAAAUUCUUCUGAUGAGUGAAGAAAUUUCUCCGAUGGAACUGGACUUUCUCUUGAGAUUCCCCAUAAAACCACAUGUGACAAGUCCUGUGGACUUCCUGUCGAAUUCUUCAUGGGGAGGAAUUUGUAGUCUGGCUUCUAAAGAUGAAUUCAGAAAUCUCGAUAGAGACAUUGAAACUUCGUCGAAAAGAUGGAAGAAAUUUGUCGAGUCUGAGUGUCCAGAAAAGGAGAAAUUCCCGCAGGAAUGGAAGAACAAGACAGCACUACAGAGGCUCUGCAUGAUGAGAGCUCUAAGGCCUGACAGGAUGACUUAUGCUGUUGCUGACUUUAUCGAGGAGAAACUUGGACCAAAGUACGUUGAGAAUCGAACGAUGGAAUUUGCAAAAUCCUAUGAGGAAACCAGCCCAUCAACACCAAUAUUCUUCAUACUCUCUCCGGGAGUGAAUCCCCUGAAGGAUGUAGAGACUCUAGGACGUCAAUUGGGCUACACGACAGAUUUGGGCAAUUUUCACAAUGUUUCCCUUGGUCAGGGACAGGAAAUUGUGGCAGAAGCAGCAAUGGAUGAAGCGGCAAAGAAUGGACAUUGGGUUGUUCUGCAAAAUAUUCAUCUAGUGAAAAAGUGGCUGCCGGCUCUGGAAAAGAAGCUAGAACAUUAUUCUGAGGGUUCUCAUGAAAACUAUCGGGUAUUUAUGAGUGCAGAACCGGCAGCCACUGCAUCAGCUCAUAUAAUCCCUCAAGGAAUCCUCGAGUCCUCCAUAAAGAUCACCAAUGAACCACCAACUGGCAUGAUGGCCAAUCUUCACAAGGCAUUGGACAACUUUACUCAAGAAACUUUGGAGAUGUGCGGAAAGGAAGCUGAAUUCAAGGUUAUUCUCUUUGCACUUUGCUACUUUCAUGCUGUUGUGGCUCAAAGGAGAAAAUUUGGUCCGGCUGGAUGGAACAAAAUCUACCCAUUUAACGUUGGUGAUCUCAAUAUCAGUGUGAGUGUACUGUAUAACUACUUGGAGGCCAACUCGAAGGUUCCCUGGGAGGAUUUGAGGUAUCUCUUUGGAGAAAUCAUGUACGGUGGCCACAUCACUGAUGACUGGGACAGACGAUUGUGCAUCACGUAUUUGGAGGAGUAUAUGCAGCCAGAUCUGGUGGACGGAGAACUGUUUCUGGCACCUGGAUUUCCAGCACCACCAAAUACCGACUAUUCUGGGUAUCAUAACUACAUUGAUGAGACAAUGCCACCAGAAUCGCCCUAUUUGUACGGUUUGCAUCCGAAUGCCGAAAUUGGCUUUCUCACCACCACCUCGGAGAAUCUCUUCAGGACGGUCUUUGAGAUGCAACCACGUGAUGCGGGCGCUUCUGGUGGAACUACAGUCACCAGGGAGGACAAAGUCAAGCAGAUAUUAGAUGAAAUUAUGGAAAAGUUGCCUGAAGAAUUCAACAUGACGGAGAUUAUGGGGAAGGUGGAGGAGAGGACACCCUAUGUGAUUGUUGCAUUCCAGGAGUGUGAAAGGAUGAAUCAUCUCACCAAUGAAAUCAAGAGGAGUCUCAAGGAAUUAGAUCUUGGAUUGAAGGGCGAAUUAACUAUUACAUCAGAUAUGGAGGAAUUGGAAAACGCCCUGUUUCUCGAUCAGGUACCAGUAAUAUGGGCUGUUCGGGCUUAUCCAUCCCUUUUGGGUCUAACCUCGUGGUUUGUGGAUCUUCUGCUGCGUCUCCGUGAAUUGGAGACGUGGUCAACUGAUUUCGUGUUGCCAGCAUGUGUAUGGCUUGCUGGUUUCUUCAAUCCACAGAGUCUCCUAACGGCUAUAAUGCAGAGUACAGCACGUAAGAAUGAAUUGCCACUAGAUAAAAUGUGUUUAGUAUGUGAUGUUACAAAGAAGCAAAAGGAAGAUUUCACAACUGCACCACGAGAAGGUGCCUACGUCCAUGGGAUCUUCAUGGAGGGUGCCAGAUGGGAUGUACAGCAAGGUAUCAUCAUGGAAUCACGCCUCAAGGAGCUGCAUCCGUCCAUGCCAGUGAUUAAUAUCAGGGCUAUCACGCAGGAUAAACAGGACUUGAGGAAUAUGUACGAGUGUCCAGUGUAUAAGACGCGCACCAGAGGACCAACCUACGUGUGGACCUUCAAUCUCAAGACAAAAGAUAAACCCGCCAAAUGGACUCUAGCUGGAGUUGCACUCCUUCUGCAAGUCUAAAGUCAUACCAAGUGGGAAAUAUCUUGGUGGCGCCAAGUGGCGUCAAAGCUGUUAUUAGAUUUUAAUUGCCGACAAGCACGCCUCAAAAGAGCUUUUCAACGUAAGUUCAUUCAAAAUAAUUAUCUAUUGACAAUAUCUUACCACAAUAACAAAAAAAAAUACCAAAGAAAAACACUUGAAUCACUCAGCAAUGUUUGUGAAUCUCAUAAGAAUCCAUUGUGUUGUAGUGAGUUAAGCUGAAUAAAAAAGAGAUUCACGCUUUUGUGGAUAAAUUUGCACAUAACAUAAUUGUUAAUCAAUUCUGUAAAAUGUUAUUUUUGUGAUCAAAUAGAUGAGAUAGAGCAAAAGAUAAAAAAAAAGUGUCUGUGAGUUCAAGACAGGAGUUCAAUUGAUUUCCCAGUUUGAAGAAAAAAAAACAGUGGGGAAUGUUUUAUUCAUUUUUCUUUAGCAUUGUUUUUUUUUCGGUGUUUUGUAUAAUUUAUUCUUGCAAGACCUUCGACAUGAGUGUGGCGCCUCGUGCAUCUUAUGUGGAUUUUUCAUGAUGAGGAGAGUCGCUCUUUGGUGAUUUUUGACUUGAGUCUCUUGAGUUUUGAAGAUGUUCUCGCUCGAAUCGCAUGAAUCUGAUGAAUAAUUCCAUGUUAAGACUGCGCACAUGCGAAACGGGGAAAAUUUUCAACACAAUUUGCAAUUGCCGACUUGGGUGUUUGAAUUUAUCAAGUCUUGUGGUUAAUCAGUCAUCCUAAAAUGCACAUAUCCAAUGAGAAAAUUCUCCAGUUGUCGAAUCACAUAUACGAAUUGAUGAGACAACAAAAAAAAUAUCAUAAAAUCUGCAAUGUUGCAAAAAAUCUGAUAAAGAAAAAUGCAGCAUCAGGAAAAUGCAGAAAUCAAUUUAGGGAUGAACUAUCUAAAAUUACACUUGAAAUCUCUCAAGCGUUCUAUAAAAAUAUUUUUUAUAAUGUUAUGAUUCUUGAAUUAUAUAUUGUAGUAAUAAUUAUAGUAUUGAACUUUUUGUGUGAUCUCUAAUCAAAAAUUAAUUCGAGUUAUAUCCUCUUGAAAAGUUAUGAUGUAUUAGAACAGUUUCUUUUCAUUUUAUUGUUUAGAACAAUAGUAAAAAUAAAGGUUCACUAGGAAUCCUACCAUUCUAGCCCAAAAAGGAUACUUUUCACCACAAUAUUUGUAUGCUUCAAGUAAAGUAUCCCGUAUUGGAGGGGUACUUUGGAAGUCUCAUUCAUUAGAUUUCUUCAAAAAUAAUGAUUAACAAAAAAUAAUAUACUCUACCAAGAGUAACUGUGUUAUCACACUUGCACACUAAAAUUUUAAUAUGAUUCACAUUAAUUGUCGCUGGUGAGAGUCCAAAUGUGUAAUUUGUGUGUUUGAAUCAUUUUAUAUUCAAAAUUUGAUCUAUUUGUUGAUAAAAAGGUAGAUUUGGCCCGCAAAAUUUGAUAUAAAUUGAUUUAUAGCAUUAAUGCGAAAAAUUAAUGCGAUUUUCUCUUUAAUUUUUUAACGUGAAAAAUAUUUAUGCUUUAAGUAAAUUUAAACUUAUUUUUGCAGGCCAAGUCCAUUUCUUUAUCAAUAAAUAGAAAAACCCAAAAUAUUAAGUAACUCAAAGACAUAAAUAACAUAUUUGGACGCUCACAAGCGACAAUUAAUGUUAAUCACAUUAAAAUUUUAAUGUGCAAGUGUGAUAACGCCUUAAGACUAGAUGCCGCAUACAAAUAAUUUAAUCACAUGGCUUAACUUUAAAAAUUUCACAAGUGGUGAGAAUCUUGGAGAAAUUUAAUUUAGGAUAAAGUUAUUAAUUAAUUAAAUAAAAAGCAAUUAAAGCAAUCUCAAAAUGAUGUGGACUUUCUAGCAGUUUUGAAAUUGAGGACCUUCGGAAACCUUCUGACAUAAAGGAGGGAUUAGCAUAACCAUCCAAUGUGCAAGUAUACAUAGAAAACCCUUAACAUUUGAUUUUCUACAUAUUUCGUAUGAUAUUUUGUCAUUAAUAUCACAAUGUCCAACUUUCCAAAAGUUUUUGUCCAACUUUCUAAAAUUUUGUCCAUCUUUUCAAAAUGUGUUGUUCUUUUAAUUUGAUAGAAUAUUCCGAUUAAUUGGUUGAAAUAUCUAUUAAAAACUGUUAAGAUUCUGUUAGAAUAUUUGACAAGCAAUCUCAUGAUGUAAAGAAAAUGAAAAAA